AUGUCUGACACCGUCCACUUCUUCGACAUCACCUCCACCUUCCCAGGUGCACACAAGUCAUGGUCCCCCAAUACUCUUAAAGUGCGGGCCGCGCUUAACUUCAAGAAAAUCCCGUAUACUCAAAGCUGGGUCUCUUACCCAGACAUCGCACCCUUGAUGAAGGGGUUCGGUCUCGAAGCCAACAAAGUCGGAUAUGCGUAUACCCUCCCCGCAAUCGUACACAAAUCCAUACCCGACAACCAAGGUGCAAUGAUGGACUCCCUUCCCAUUGUCGAGCAUUUGGACCGUGUUUUCCCCGAUCAUCCGCUUUUCCCGUCUGGCGACGCCAGCUAUGCCCUCUUCCUCGCGGUCAACAAGCUCGCCAUGGCUCUGGGACCGGCGAUCCGGGCGCUAAUCAUCCCCAGUGUGCCGGCUAAACUUGAUCCGCGGGGACAGGAGUAUUUCGUGCGGACGAGGACUGAGUCAUUUGGGAAGCCUUUGGCGGAGAUCCGGCCGACAGAUGAGGGAGAGAUUGCAGAGCUUUGGGGCGCGAUGGAGAAGGAGUGUGCGACGUUGAUUAAGAUGCUGAAGGGCAGGGACGGGAAGAAGGGUCCUUUCUUCGAAGGGGAGACGGCGGGUUAUGCGGAUAUUUUCUUCGCAUGCCAUCUGGCGUUUCUCCAACGGUUCGAUCGCGAGCUCUGGGAGAAAUUGAUGGGUUUGGGUGACGGUGAGUUUCGGGCUUUGUGGGAUGCUACCUUGCCCUGGUUGGAGGGGCAGGGUGAGGAGAAGGAGUGGCCGAUUCCGCAGGAUGUUUAA